UGUCUUCAUGGCGUUAUGUUUGGUUAUCCCCUCCCGUCUGGUUUGCGGAAGAGAAUGUGCCUUGAAUUAUUCCGACGGAAUCCGACGCGUGUGCUGCAAAAGUGUAUACAGAUGGUGGGGGAUAACACGGAGCAGCAUGUUUAGUCAACGACAGUUAUGAAUCGUUACGUAUAGUUUAAUUGCGAACGGAAGUAUUAACAAGCGUUAGCUAUAAUAAAAUGCCUGAUACGAUAGAGGACAAGAUUAGGCUAGUGCUAAAUGGACAAAGUGUAAAUGACAACGAUGAUCUGUGCGACUUUACUCUUGCUGAACAAAAUGAGUCAAUAGAAGCCAAAGGAAUUCAACCCACUGCAAGCUCUGACUAUGUUCCAAUUUGUCAAAAAACUGUGACAUAUGUAGUCGCAGCAGUACUAAUUAAUGAUAACGAUGAGGUAUUGAUGAUGCAGGAGGCAAAGGCCUCCUGCGCAGGCAAAUGGUAUCUACCAGCAGGAAGGGUUGAGCCUGGCGAGGAAUUGACAGAGGCAUUUAGAAGAGAGGUUCUAGAAGAGACGGGAAUUAUCGUUGAACCAAAAUCAUUGGUAAUCGUCGAAUGUGCGACUGGCUCUUGGUUCAGAUUUGUAAUGACUGGAAAUGUAAUUGGUGGUGCCUUAAAGACUCCUGAACAAGCUGACGAAGAAUCUCUACAGGCUUGUUGGAUUCAAAAUGUCGAGGAGUUGUCGCUUAGAGCAUAUGAUAUCAUACCAUUGAUACAUAGAGUUAGAGAGUACAAACAAGGCCUCAAUCCGCCAUGGCAUUCUCCAAUGCUUCCUAUAGCCAAUCCUCACAGCAGACUUUAUUUGAAGUUGAUUGUUUGCAUAAAAAAGAAAGCAACUAACCGAAUGCAUGUACUACUGUCAGAACGCACUGAGUAUCAUUUACCGAUUUGUGAAAUAAACCCGAGAAGAAAUCUUCAUUCUACGCUGCACAAAUUUAUGGUGGAAAUUUUUGGAGCUGACGUGCCGCAACAUAGACCACAUGGUUUACUAUCUGUAGAAUAUGCUGGGGGUCACGGAGAGGAUGGUCUGUCCCUGACCAUGCUCGUAGCUUUUCGACCACCUUUAGAGGAGGUCCCAAUUAUUGGGAAGUUUGUUUGGCAUGAACUUUCCCAGUCUCUCGGUGACACAUUAGUAACAGUUAUGCCACGUAAUAAAACCAUACCGCUCAGUGUGGUACGUUAAAUCUUUAUGUUAUAGACUGAAAGUUUGUUUUUUUUUUUCUUGAAAAAACUGAGUGACGAGCAAUAUGAGUGAUUCAGGCAGCUUCAAGUAACUAAGGUCACUGCUCUUGUUGUUACUAAAUAGUUUGAUUCAGUAGCUGUUUCUAUCGAAUAAUUCAAUUUAGUAUGCGAGAGGAGAGAUUCAAUUGAGAAAAGAGUUUAUUUUUGAUAUAAAGGAAUAACGAAUUUUCUAAGGCAGGGUGGGGACAAAAAUCUGAGUAUAAAAUUCCCUGAUAUUUCCAAAGCCAAUUUUCUUAAACUUUUGCAUUAGUUUUUCACCGCUAAUAUGAACCAUGCUUCCAAAAUGGUUAAAUAAAUGCUGCUGAAGGUGACUUGUUGAGAGUGAUGUAAAUGAAUGGAACAGAUGUUACAUCACAUGCAAAUUGAAAAAUUAGUGGUUCGAUUUUGAACAAAAUAAACAAUUUAAAAGUUAUACCAUUCUUCUGUAAAUAUUUUUAA